UUUUAUUGACAGAUUGAAUUUAUUUAUUUACGCUGAAUUUCGGGUUUUCAAGAUUGUUGGCAAAAAUUUUAAUAACAAUUAAUCAUUAAAUGUAAUUUAAAUCUAAAAUGAGUAUCUGCCGAGUGUGUGGCCAACAUUCAUCAACGAAUCCAUCAAAAUCAUUAAACAGCUUCGAUCCAUUCGCCGAUAUUUAUCUGCAAUUGACUGCAGUUCAGCUGCAUGCCCAUGAAGAUAUACAGCUACUAAAGAUAUGUAAAUUGUGCAUUGGAAGGUUGAAGGAUUUCGAAGAAUUCCGUAAUGACUGUCUCAAAGUCCACUGGGGGAUAAAAAUCGAGAUAGAAAGUGUGAAAAUCGAGCCCGUCUUACUGGACACAGACCUCCAGAAAUAUGAAGAUGAAACAUUAGAAGACUCGCUCGAUCACGAUCCUGAGCCAUUCGAAGAAGUUGGAGUCUCCGUUGAGUUAAACGAAGACUUCAUAUCCGAAGAAGACGUUAAACCACAAACUAGAAAGCGUCGUGCCAAGUACGGUAGCCUUAAGAAACCACCUCCACCGAAGCCGACUUGCGAGCAGUGUUCGAUAGUGUUUCCUGAUGCCCAACAGCUCAACGCACAUCAACGCAUCCACAAGGGAUUGCUUCCGUUUGUUUGUGAAACCUGCAACGUUGGGUUCAGUUCCCUGCUGGACAUGCAAUUGCACAACGUCCAACAGCACACCGAAGGCAAAACCGUUCCCUGCGACCACUCAGGUUGCACUGAAAUCUUUACCAGUCAUCAAGCGUUACGAAGCCAUAAGCUCCGCGUGCACGAUCCCAACUACGUGGAGCCCGAGGUCACCGCCUUCAUCUGCGAGAUAUGCGCCAACUCAUACACUACCAAGGAAUCGCUCAAGAGACACCGCUACUCGCACGUCCCGGACGAGAGGCCAAACGUUUGCACCUUUUGUCCGCGGAAAUUCUCCACGGUGCACGCGCUCAAUAUGCACCUGAAUCGCCACAAUGGCAUAAAGAACCAAAUAUGUCCUUACUGUGGCGUUCGAAAGACUACCCGAAAUGAAUUGAGAUCUCAUAUCAACAACAUUCACAAGAAAGAGCAACCGCUUUCGAUGGCGGUCAAUCUAGCUCUUCCCCCGAAUCCAUUCGGCAUGGAAAGUCUCCAAUCGCUCGACAAAUCUAGUAAACCUCCCAGUAAACAACACCAGAAGCGAACCCUACGGAAGCAGAACCGCAACAGCGGAAAAGCGUAUAUUUCCUCCACCAACGUACUGAUUCCGGGGAAAAGCUUCCCGGAAAACUUCGACUGCAAAUGUCCGCGAAAGUGUCCGUCGCUGUUCAGCUCGCAGGCCGCACUGCAGGAAUUCUUCAACUCGUACUGGGACUUGGCCGAUUGGCACAAGCAGAACGUCCUGCUGCAGGAGAUGUGCCGCAGUGUGGAGAUUGUGCGACGUCGCUCGAGAUCGACCGAGCCAUCGCCCAGGACCCGAAGUUUCCAUUACUUCAUUCCGGACGGUCCGAACAAGGUGCGGGUGUGCAAGGGAUUUUUCAUCGGGAUACUGCAGAUCAGCUGGGGAAGGCUGUACCGGCGAGUUGUUAAGAACAUCGAAACGGAGAAAUAUUGAUAAACAGUUUGGGUGUGUGUUACAAAAGAGG